ACUCUUAUCAUGAAUCGCCAAUUGCUAGUUUUCGACAAAAUUUACUUUUGGGCGAUUUCCUGUUGCAUUUAUCUAAUAGUAAUUUAAAACGAAAUUAUGAACUUUUAACAUCUAAUUCGAUAGACCGAGAAUUUAUUAAAACAAAACCUCCAAUGACCGCUCUACUAACUGCCGACUGGGAUACGUAUGGCAAUGAUGGAUAUUUUCGAAAAGUCGAAAUAUAUGAAAUGGGGUGGUAUAAAGAGGUGAAUCUUGAUAAUGCUGUCAUCAUUCCUGCUAGAUUUGGUGGACCCAUAGCUGUCAUAAGAGAUCGUGUUAAACCUGGUAGAACAGCUUUAAAAGGUAUAGGCAAACCUAAUAUUGCCAUUUACUCAUCGUCUGGUCAAUUGAUUUCAUCUUUUGUGUGGAACAGUGGUCAAUUAAUAAAACUUGGUUGGUCUUCUACCGAAGAGUUACUAUGUGUGCAAGAAAACGGCGAAGUGCUUCGUUACAGUAUUUAUGGCAAAUACAUCCACGCGUUUAGAAUGGGAUCGGAAGUCGAAGAUACAAAAGUUAUUGAUGCACAUAUAUUCCAUACGGCUGUGGGUACCGGUGUUUGUGUGCUUACUGGAGCUUAUAGAUUAUUCGUGACAAACAGUACUGUAGAAGUUAAAGUUAGAAAAUUAGUUGAAAUCCCUGGGACUAUGGAUUUACCGAAUUCGUGGACUGUAAUAAGUGAAGAAAGACAGACUUUUGUAUUAUUAUCAAAAACUACUGAAUUAUUUUAUAUCUCCGAAGCUCAAGUUAUCCAAAAAAGUAUUGAUGGUAAAAGUGAAGAAAGAGGAAGCAUAGUCACCGAUAUCUCGGUAUCACCGUGUUACAAACACGUUGCUUUGUAUAAUAGUCAAGAACAGCUGUGGAUCGGAUCUUCUAACUUGAGACAACAUUAUCGUAGUCUUGAUAUGAGAAAUUCUGGAAGACCUUCUCAACUCACUUGGUGUGGUUCCGAAGCUGUGGUUGGAUGUUGGGAUGAUUCGGUUUUGAUUAUAGGCCGAACUGAAGAUAGAUUACAAUACCUGUAUCACUAUCCUGUAAAAUUAGUUCCUGAAAUAGACUGUGUGCGAGUCAUAUCAACCUUUACUACUGAAAUCAUCCAACCUGUUCCUACUGUGAUAUUAGAAUUAUAUCGUUUAAAUAGUACCAGUCCUGGUUGUUACUUAUUUGAAGCUUCGAAACAAUUCCAAAAAAAAAGUCAUCACGCAGAUGAAUACAUCCGUAUAGUUACUCCUCAUUUGAAUACGGCUAUAAAUCAAUGCGUCGAAGCUGCAAGUCACGAAUUCAAACCUGAAAAUCAAAAAAUGCUCAUGAAAGCUGCUCAAUUUGGGAAAACAUUUGCCGAAAAUUUCGACUCUGAUGAAUACGUUAAAAUGUGUCGAACGUUACGAGUUCUCAAUGCUGUUCGUGAUCCGAAAAUAGGGAUAUUUCUGACAUAUCCUCAAUUUGAAUGCCUCACUUUAAAAAAUCUUCUCGAUAGAUUAAUUCUUAGACGACUUUACUACGUAGCAAUUGAAGCUGCAAAAUAUAUGCGUUUAAGUAACGAAGAAGGUUCCACUCGGAUUUUGGAACAUUGGGCGUUUUAUAAAGUUUCGCAGGCUGAUUCUGAUAAAGAACAUGUGGCUAAAGAGAUAGCCAAUAAAUUAGGCCAAAGUUCCGGUGUAUCUUAUAUCAACAUAGCUAGAGCAGCUAUAAAAUCUGGUCGUAUUACUCUCGCUGUGAAGUUGAUUGAUUAUGAACCUCGGCCAGCUCUGCAAGUAGCUUUGUUAUUAGAAUUGGAAAGGUAUACAGAGGCUUUAGAUAAAGCUGUUGACAGCGGUAAUACGGAUCUGAUUAAUAUAGUCAUUGUUACCAUGCAACGAAAAAUGACUAUGAAAGAGUUUCAACUGGAAGUUCGAAAAGAGUCAUCAGUUUAUGCCUUGUAUAAAAAACAUUGUAAAGAACGUAACAAAGAAGCUCUGCUCAACAUUUAUCGACAAGAGGACGAUAACAACGAAAUAGCCGCGAUCCAUGUACGAAAUGCCUAUUGUCCUGAGAAUUUCUCAAUGAGAGGCACCCACCUGGAGAGCGCUCGUGAAUACUACAAAAAAGCUAGGAACGAAGUAAACAUGAUUCUAUGCGAAGAACAAAAGAGAUUGUUAGCCAAACAGAAAGAAUUUGAGGAUAAAUUUAAAAGAGAGUUUAUCGAUUUAUCUCUUCAAGAUACUAUUUAUAGAUUAUUUAUUUUAAAAGAGUAUAAACUUGCCGAGGAUAUGCAGAUAAAUUAUCGUAUUUCUGACCGAAAAUUUUGGAGAUUGAAAAUUGAAGCAUUAGCUGAACUAAAAGAUUGGAUAGAGCUCGAUCGAUUUUCACGACUUCGAAAAUCACCUAUUGGUUAUGAGCCGUUUAUCGACGUUUGUUUAAAAUACGAUAAUAAAUCGGAAGCUACAAAAUACGUGGGCAGGAUCAAAGAAGAGAACAAAAUUAAAUAUCUCGUCAAAUUGAAGUUAUUCACUGAAGCUAUAAAACUGGCGGAACUUCAGAACGAUUUUGAAGCUCUUCAGUUUAUUAAGACUAACGGUAAUAUUACAGCUAAACAAGAAGCAGAAAAUGUGUUGUCCAAAAUGAACGGAACAAGUUAACGUGAAAUUAAUCAAGUCCCUGAUGAUAUCUCAGUGGGAUUUGAAAUAACCGAAUUACAUAAAUUUUAAUUCCAUAUUUUCUAAUUUUAUUCGUAUUUUUCAUGAAGUUACAAAUGAUAGUUUACAUAAUUGUAUUCAAAGAUUACCUGUAUAUUUUAUGUCUACAUAUUUAUUUUAUUCAUCAUUUUACACUGUUAUCUUUUUAUAAAAAUGCAUGAUUGUUAUUUCGAUACACUUUUUAUUGUU